AUGGCUCGCCGCAACAGGAAGAACAACAGCGGCCUCAACAGCAGGGGCCCCGCGCAGCAGCAGCCCCCAAGAGAAGAGCCUGUGGAGGCUGCUGUUGGAGAGGGGGGGCCUCAAGAGCCUUUGCCCAGAGAUGGCAGCAGCCCAUCUGCAGGGAAAUGCAACAUGCCUGAGAGCGAGACGACCCCGGGGGAAGCCAACUACCCCCAGUACCUGAGGGAAAGGGCCAUUAGUGCUCUCCUAGAGCUCGAAAGGAUGGCUUACAAAAACUUCGAAGAAGCCGUGGCUCUCGCCACAGCUGCGGCAAACGCCACUGACGCGCUGCUUGAAAUGCCCGUAAUAGAACCUCCCCCGAGCGCUCCACGCCAAGCAGCGCAGCCGGUUGUGGAGGAGUUGUCGAGCUCUUCUGGCGGCUCCUGCGAUUUCGAAAGGUUCCUUCAGGAGCUGCUGCGCCUCAUUUCAAUUGACUUGCUUGUAGAAGUCAGAACACCCGAGCAGCAGCAGCAGCGGCAGCAGGGAGAGCAGCCGCGCAGCCCUGCGGGAGCGCCGCAGCAGCAGCCGCAGCAGCCGCAGCAGCCGCAGCGGCCGCAGCAGCCGCAGCCUCAGCAGGUGUCGCAGGCGCUGCCGCCCGUGGCGCUGCAGCGGAUCGAUCUGCUGCAGCGGCUGGCUUCAACAGAGCCAAAGGACAUCAAAGAGGCUCUUCUGCAACGGGACAGAGACUUAAGUGGGACUCUCCACCUCAGUCUUCUGGAGAGGCUGAGCAGCGGCGAAGAAAGCGAGGCGCUGCACCUGUCGCUGCUCGAGAAGCUUUCCCUUGAGGCUGACUCUCCGCAGCACAGCAGCUCCACAGAAAAGGCAGCUCGCGGGAAGCAGCAGGCGAGCGCUGCAGCAGCAGCAGCAAGAGGCGGAAGCGACAGCAGGCCCCCCCUGUCCAUUCGGCAGCAGCUAGCUGAGCAGGAGCGGAACAGCGAAAACCUCCACCUAAGCCUUCUCGAAAGAAUAGGAUCUCUCAGUGAUCUUCCAGAGGGCUCUGCAGACAGCCAAGCCCUCCACUUGUCGCUGCUUUUCGGCAAGUUGUCCCUGCAGGACGACUCAGGCGCCAGAGUUCCCUGCAGUUCUCAGGGGACCUGCAAAGGCUCAGAAGCAGCAGCCACUCCUUCCAGAGCAGGAGAUGGCGCAAAAGCUCCGCCAGCACAGCCAGCUGCAAGGCCAGAGGCUCAAGUGUUCAACAAAAGGGGGCCGCGGGUCACUGCGGGUGCCACUCGGGAGGGUGGAGCUGCGGCGAGGCAAAAGUUCAGGCUAAGAGCCUGGGGAAGCCGAGGCAGCAGCAGCAGCUGCACAGGAAGCAGCGAUUCCGCAGAGUGGGUGACAGAGAGCAGCAGCAGUUCCAGGGACAAUGGCCCUCUUAACAGUGCCCCCAUGCCUCUUCCCAUGUCAAGGGCAGCUGCAAAAGCCGCCAGAAACAGGAAAUCCCCUGUCGACGCUUCUCAAGGGGCAGCUGAGGGAGCAUCUGCUGCUGCUGCGCCGGCCAAGGCGCAGCAAGCUCCACAACAACAGCAACAAGAGCUGCGGCAGCAACAGCAGCAGCAGCAACAGCAUCAGCAGCAACAACAGCAGCAGGAGCUGCUACUGCAGCCGCAGCUAAGCCCAGCUCCUUGUUGUUUCAAGGCUGUCCUUCGGAGCACAUCUCCUCUUCCCGGAAGCAGAAGGCCAGACGUUUUUGGGCUCGACGCCGUUGCCUCUAAAGAGGCUUCUUGUCUACAGGCCCCGCUGGAUGCUGCGGUGGUUCGUCAGUUCCAGCCUGCAGCAGGAAGCGUGCCGGGAGCGGCAGCAGCAGCAGCUGCCGCUGCUGCAGCGGGACGGGAUCGUCGCCCGUCUUCUGCGGCGCCUCAAAGCGCUAUGAGUCCCGAAGCUUUCUGGGACAUGUUCUAUCAGAAGACAUCUCGCAAAAUGAUCACAGACGCUCCUGCAGCUGCACAGACAGCGCGUCCUGCUGCCCAGCGCCCAUCCACACCAUCCUCCGUUGGUUUGUGGAGUGCUGAAGAGGGGAGGAAAAAGAAAGCUACUUGGAUCUGGCUCGACUCUGACAGUUCAAUAGACACCCCAUGCGCUGCAAACUGCACUGGCUGCGCGAACCCUUGCGAUGAAAGGCCAUAUGAUGCAGACAGCUCCGGAGUCUCGUCUCGAGACAGCCUAAAUCUGGGAUCCUUGCCGUGCCUGGUUGUUAGGGGUGUUCCGCUGGCGCAGCAGCAGCAGCCAGGCGCCCGCGUGGCAGGUCCAGUAGAGGCCAACGGCAGGCCUCCCUUGCUUUUUGAAGAUAGCUCUCCGGCUGCAGAAACGGAGGCCGUCGUAAACGGCGCUUCUCAGGACUUGAGGGAUCAACAAGAACAACAGCAGACUCAGUCAUAUUUACCAGCUUCUGCAGGGGAAAGGCCAACGUCCAGAAGAAAGCAACGAAACCGCAGAAGACGCACAUCGGCUCGCUACCGCCGUUGA